CUGAUGGCAUUCGAGUGGUCGCGGCCGUCCGACCAUGUCGCAGCCGUCGCAGCCGUCGCAGCCGCCGCAGCCCGUGCCCGUCACGGAGGCCAACGUCGCCCAGUUCCUGCAGGGCGUCGACGCGUUUGUGUGCGACUGCGAUGGCGUUUUAUGGACGCCUCAGGGUCCGAUCGAAAACGCCAUGGCGGCGCUGAGGGCGCUGCGGGCGUGCGGGAAGAAGGUUUACUUCGUCUCCAACAACUCGACACUCUCGAUCUUGGACAAGUUGAAGGCCGAGGGCUUUCCAGUGGAAGAGGAUGAAAUCGCCGUCCCCGCCACCGUCAUCGCGCGCCACUUGCAGCAGGCGGGCUUCACGAAGAAGGCCUUCGUGUUCGGCGUCGAGUUCUUUAAAAACGUGCUUCGCAGGAGCGGCAUCCACGUGGUGCCGGAGGAGAGGACAGCGGCACUGGUGGACGAAAACAUAAGCCGCUGCGUGGAACAAAUCGACCUCGACCCGGAAGUCGGAGCCGUGGUCCUCGACGUGGACGUCAACAUCCGCUACAUAGACCUGUGCAGCGCCGCCAGCAUCCUCAAGAGCAGGCCGCAGUGCUUGUUCCUCGUCGGGGCCACGGACACUCUUUUCCCUCUCCCCAGCGAGAAGAUCGCCAUGGCUCCGGGCCCUUUCCUGAAGCUGCUGGAAGACAUCACGGGCCGCAGGGCCGAGGUGUUCGGCAAGCCGAGCCCCGCCAUGGUGACCGACUUCCUCCAGGCCACGCACCGAUUCGACUUGAGCCGGACCGUUUUCGUGGGCGACGCGUUGAAGCAGGACAUGGGGAUGGCCAACGCCUGCGGCAUGCAGAAGCUGCUCGUCUUCACGGGCGUCACACGGCCCCGGGACCUCGACUCCUGUCCCGCGGAGCUCCUGCCCGACUUCGUCAUGGACUCCAUCGCGGCCUUCGCUCGGCUCCUCGAAGCGCACCCUGGAGGCCCGCAAGGCCCGCAAGGCCCGCAAAGAAAAGACUGAGCGCACCAAUCGUUACGCAUCCCGGCGGCGCGUGCACUCGCUUCAAGAGGAGAGAGAAGACAGACGUGCGAAUAAACAGAAUAAACAGCUCAGCAGAGAAAAGACAAGUCGCGAGUGUGCUCAUGGGCAAUAAUAAACAUUCAUACAUGACUGC